AGUCGAAAGCAAACACUAUGCGAGUCGAGUUGUGAAGAGCGCGAAUUAAAUGUGACUUGUAACACCUGUGGAUAUUCCUUAUUUAAAAUUUAAACUUGCAGUGUCCUUUUGUAUUUGCACCCCAAGUUCUUUUAUACUAACGGAGGACUCCCCAUUGUGUGAAGCGUGAAUGAAAGAUUCAGUGAUUCAGCUCCAUUCUAACAAAAAUAAUUUUAGUGAGAAAAAUAAUGGUGUAUUCCAUCCAGUUCUUCCAUCGAAGCAGAUAAAUAGACCACCAUCGUACAGAAUGCCACCUCAACCACCGCCCGGUGCUUCCACAGUUUACAGUGAGUCCACCAUUCCAGGAGCUACGGCCUCCAUGGAUUUAACAAAUAGCAUGGGCACCACAGAAAAUACCUAUGACGGUGGUUCCGCCCUCAGGACGCACUCAUCCAAGUUUCCGAUUGAGAAAGAACUGAUACUAUCUGGAGACAAGGGAUCAACCAAGAUUCCCCUCAUGAAUGACUACAGGACACCUCCAUCGGGAUUUCUGAAAACGGGUGUUACUCUGCAAAUGUUACCACGACCAGUGAGUGCAUCCAUUGCACCAGAUCAUCCGAAACCGAAACAUCUUCAGGCCUGGAACUCCCUGCCACAGCAGCAAUCUGCUCAGUUGCCGCCAAAAGUGGCAUGUGGGGCGAUUCCAAGAACACCGGCUCGUCUCCCAGAAGACGUUACGGCCCUGGCUGAGCGCGAAAAUAACAGCAAGAACAACGACAUGAGGGAUUCGUCCAAGAAUGCCGUAACUAAGACUUAUCAUACGCUUAAGGAUUUGAUAUCCUCGAAAUUUAGAAAGGACAACUCUGAAGGCAUUGAUGAGCUCAACAACGUUCACUCACCUCAACUCCAGAUGAAUCAAUGCAUUGAGUCUGGCGAUCAUAAAUCACCCUACAUAUCUCUUCCGGCUCAUAUGAGACAGAAUAAUGGCCUCAAUAAUUCUCAGCCUAACGUCUGGCCAGACAGAUCUUCUUCCGGUUCACCCCGAGUUCCCUAUCAGCAUCAUCAAACCCCGCCCCCUAGACCCUAUCCAUCCAAUGUCAAUCAGCCACAGAAGGCAGUAUCUCAGCCCCAACUCAAUAUUCCCAAAGAGCACGAGGAGCCACAACAGAACUUCCAUCCUCACUUCAAAACAGCUAAAAGAAGCUCACUGGCCAACAUCGAUGUCACAGACAGCGAUGAGGGUGGAUUCACAUCUCAAGCGCCCCGUUUGCAGGCUAUGUAUCAGCAGGAGAAGCCCCAUGGUCAGUCAUACUCAAACAGACAGGGAGGUAUUCCCUUCCAGUCAGCCUAUGCCACAAAUCUCCAACAGCAAUUGAGCUACCAAGUGCUUCAAGCUCAGGACAAACAAGCUUCCCACUCUCCAGGAAGCUAUCAACCUCCUCCGGAGGAGAUGUAUAAAGCUCAGAAUGACCAGAAAGAUUGCAACUCAUCGUAUGUUCACCCUGAGAGAGUCUGGCAAUAUCAGGGUGUACAUGAGCAUCAGAUGAGCCAACAUCCAGCAAAACCCCAAAUGCCUGAACCUCCGAAACUUCCUCAAAAACCCGAUCAUCGGGACAAAGCCACUCCUGAGAUUGGGAAGCAGGUGUCGGGAUCAGGAGCUAGUUCUGACUACGAUAAGAGUGGCAAUCAGAGUUCAAAUGUUGACUCUGGUCGUGGAAGUGCUGCAUACUCCAGCUGUCGUAAAGGUGCUCCUGUAGACACAAGUCUAGAGAAUCCGAGCCCUCCUGUGCGCACGAAGGGGGACGAUUCCGAAUGGGCAGAUAUUGUCGAUGCUGAAUUGAGGCAAAUCCUGGAUCCUGGUAUGCAGAAUCUCUCAAUAAGGCCUGAAAGCACGAUCUCAGGGAGUGCUUCUUCAGUGACUCCUCCACUUCCUCCCCUGUCUCCGGGCGGAAGCACGAGAUAUACUCCUGCUGGGCAGGUUAAGGAAACCCCCGCAAAGCAGGAGUAUGGAGCUGAUAGCUACAAUCGUCCAGGGAGGAGUUCUGGACCAAUUGGGCCAUCUAGGGCAGGAUGGCCAGGCUCCGCUGUGCAGAAGCAGAAUCAUUCACGAUCCGGGACAAAAAGACAUGAGCAGACACUCCUCAAAAGGCAUUUAUUUGGCUUGGACAAUGAUGUAGCUUCAACGACAACACGAUCUCUCGAUUUAGAGUCCCUACUGGGGGCUCCCUGGUGCGCUGGACAAUCUGUCAGUGAUUCAGAAACUGAUACUCAGGGCCUCAGGCACAUCCGAAGCCAAUUGGAGGGUCUUGAGUACAUGUACAGUGAAGUUUUGAGGAUAAUCGGAUCAAAGAUUCCGGGGAUCCCCAACAGAUUGCAUGAGAAUCCUCGUGGAGGAGGAGCUAGACGUCGCCAGGGAAGUCUCUCGUCCCUGCCAUCAUCCUCUGUCAGUGGUCGACCAAUUAGGGAGCGGCGGCGAACGGAUGAGCGUCGGAAGGUGCGAGAUAUGAAGGGUAUCAAUAAGAGAUUCCAACGUCUGGAGUCCCAUGUGGUUACUCUGGCGAGGAGUGUGGCCCAUUUAUCGUCAGAAAUGAGAUCACAGCAUGUUGUGACGCAGGAACUCGAGAGAUUACGGGAUGAUCUGGCGACAUUGCGUGUUCAGACGAAUCAUUCGAUGAAUUUUCAGGGUCAGGGUACAAGUGCUGAGCCACCAAAUCUCACAAAUCCCAAGCGUGUGAAGAAGCUCACUAAAUUCUUCGGUGAAGAUCCACCCCUCAUGAGACUCUUCCUCAAGAAGCUGGGGUAUGAGAAAUACGCUUCGCUAUUUGAAUCGGAGAAAGUGGGUAUGAUUGAAUUGCCGUACUUGGGUGAAGAACGUCUCCAGAAGCUUGGUGUUCCUCUAGGGCCAAGAUUGCGCAUCCUCCAGGAGGCUCAAAUAUCCCUCUGCAAGGACACAACACUCUGUAUCGUCUAACAAUUCUUCCUUAGUGGUAUUCCUUCUCAAUUUUCAGCUCAUUCCAUUACUUCUUCUUUUGCCACUCUCUUUUACCGCGUAGGUUUGUAAAAUUGUUCUAAUGAUCAAAAUUUGAGCAUUCCAUCAACGUUUUUAGCAUCAUAUUGGAUAGAAAUUUUUUUUGGGCCGGAUCAGUGCAAUCGCAAUUGUAUAAAAUAAAUAUUCACUAAUCAUUGAAUCUUCACUUUAACAUAAUUUACAGUACAUGCUGCAGAAAGUAUCGUCAAAGGAUUUUUUUUCUUCAAUUUAAAAAUGUCCUUCUUCUGGGAAUAAUUCACCAAAGAUGAACAUUUUUUUUAUUUUUUUUAUUUAGAGAAAUAAAAUGAAAAUUGCACUUCUUGCAUUCAAAAUAAAACAUUGCACGUGCCUUUCUCUAUUAUAAGAUUUUUUUUGUGGCCCAUCAGCUGAUUAACUUUUGGACAUUGGCUAUUGUUAUUCAUGGGAUAACUAUUAUUGUAACUCUUUGUAAUUUUAAGACAUUAUUUAAUCAUGAUAAAUAGUAAAGUAAAUAAAAGUAUCAUUCCCCCUUUUUGUUCAGACAAAGCAGAGAUUAAUAAGUUUAGCAAUCUUAGUGUAUAUAUUUGCGUGUAAAAGUGGCACUGUUAUCACUAAAAAUGUUUAGAAUAUAUUUCAUGACACUGCAGUCAAAAAUACCGAUAAGCUCUCUGAUUGUAUGUUUGACAUCAAGACUGAAAUUAUUUUGUCGAUUUACCAAAUAUUCCCACUCAGUUCUAUUUCAUCUUCAGCGGGAGACAGUGAUCUUCUCACUCAGUUCAUCUUAAGAUUUAUAGCUCAAAUAAAUUAUCUUUUUUUUUGUACUUUUCUCUAAUACUCUACAGUGACAUAAAAAAAGAUGUUUAAAAUAA